UUGCUAGCGAAGCGAUCGACGGCGGAUAUUUCUGAGGAAACUGUACAGUUCAACUUCACACAAAUGGAUAUUUACGUGGCUUUGUUGUCGGUAGUGCUCAUUGCGAAACCAGUUAUCGGCUUUGGAAUAGAUCCCGACUACGAGAUAGAUAUCAUCAAUGAACUUGACUUCGCAAAUGCAAUUUAUGGAAUUACCCAAGUGGCAGGGCUUCACAACAAUAGCAAAGCCUUCUUAUUUCGAGAUGUGGGGAGAGCAGUCCACGCGCCCGCCCACAUCACAGAGAAGGUGGUGAAGCUCUUCAGGAGUAAAAGUGAAUUUACCUUCCUGGCAUCCAUCCAGCAGAAGUCCUCCACAUCAGGAGUCAUCUUCUCCAUCCAUGAAUCUGAACACAGUUACUUUGAGCUGGAGAGCAGUGGGCUGAGGGAGGAGAUCCGCUACCACUACCGCUACAAAGGCAAGCCUCGCUCAGAGUCCUUCCCCUACCGACUAGCCGAUGGCCAGUGGCACAAGAUAGCCCUUUCCAUCAGCGCUACACACCUAUUGCUGCAUGUCGACUGCAACAGGAUUUAUGAGCGAGUGAUAGACCCACCUCAGAUGGAUCUGACCCUGGGCAGUGGAGUGUGGCUGGGUCAGCAUAGCCACAAGCACGGCCUCUUCAAGGGUACCAUUCAGGACGUCAAAUUCAUUUUUGCUCCAAACGGCUACAUCACACAAUGUCCCAACCUCAAUCGCAGCUGUCCGACAUGCAGUGAUUUCCUGAGCCUGGUGCAAGGCAUCAUGGACCUUCAGGAACUGCUGGCCAAGAUGACCCUGAAGCUGAACUACGCAGAGUCCAGACUGACCCAGCUGGAGUCCUGCCUCUGUGAGAGAACGUGCAGUGCCAACGGUGUGGUCUACAGAGACAAGGAGCUAUGGGUGGAGCCAGAGAACUGCAGGAACUGCAGCUGCAUGAACGGAGUAGUGGAGUGUCGCAGGAUAUUCUGUCCCCCAGCCAACUGCUCAGAGGACUCUCUCUCCGUGCAUGUGGAGGGCACCUGCUGCAAGAAAUGCCGACCAAAAUGCACCUACAUGGCCCAGACUUUGUCAGAGGGCCAGCGUCUGUUAACGAAGAGGUGCACAGAAUGCAAGGUAACAACAGAUCCGUCUCUCCCUGACUAA